AUGGUGGGCGUGGGAGUGGCCGAGGGAGGCUCGGGCGGCGCCCCCGACGGCUACUACGGCGAGUACUACCCGCCGGAGCCCUAUUAUGUUCCGCCGGAGAUGUGCGCGCACCCGCCGCAGCACCCGCAACACACGCAUAUGUGCACCAUGCACGCUGACUAUACUGGCAUGCCGGUGGUAACAUCAGCGACAAUGAUGCCACAGUUGAUGCCGCCAGUGAUGGAUGAGGGCAUGCGGCACUAUCUGGUACACCCGCACCAGCAUCAUCACCAGCCGCAUCACCAGCCUCACCACCAACCGCCCCACCAUCAGGCCCCGCCGCUUCACCAACCACCCCACCCAUAUGGUCCCACAAAUGGUGCAAGCGGGCCACAGCACUUCUAUAAUCCGGGGUACACAACACACUACCAUCACGUGCCUCCGCACCACAUGCAGCAUUCACCACCACCACAACCAUUAUACUCAAAAGAUGAAAGAACUCAGCGGCAGUAUUCCAAAUUAAAACAGAAGCUGGAAAGGAAGCAAAAUAAUAGAAAUAAUGGCACAGAAAUUAACUCAGGUGCCAGUACGCCGUCACUGUCGCCACGCAAGGAACUUAAUGGACGUGGAGGUGGUAGUGGUGGAGCUUCAUCAGGAACAUGGUCUGAGGGGGAGGGUUCUUCAGCAGGUGCUUCAAUACAGGGCGACGAUGACAAUGAUACACAGGCUUUGCUAGAUUUGCUGUCUGCUACGAGAACUCCUCAGGUCAGUGAUAUGACCCCAACAACUGCUCUUGUGCAAUGGAACUCCCCAAUACCAGAAGGUGUGACUAUGCCCAAUGUUGAUCUGACAUAUGAUUUACUACUGGGAGACCGUGGUCGGUACAAGGCUAUUUAUAGUGGACCUUCACUAUCGUGCAGGGUAAGAGACUUAAGGCCUGGCUGUGAAUACUCGGUGUGUCUACAAAUCCGCGCCGGCGAGGUCAUAGGCGCCGCGAGCGAGGCUGCCAUAUUCCGCGCGCCCCCCGCACCUCCGGACCAACUGCCCUCCGCCCGCGUCACCCAGAGGCAGCGGACCUCGCUACUAUUGCGCUGGCCUACUGCCACCGAAAAUGGCGCCCGCGUCACUCACUACAUCCUCGAAAUGGACUCCGGCGAGGGCUUCGCAGAGAUCACGCGACCGCGCACCCGCCAGCACACAGUCAACAACCUCCGGCCGCAGACGCGAUACCGGUUCCGCAUCGCAGCCGUGAACGAAUGCGGCCGCGGGGAAUGGAGCGAGGAGACCGUCGUGUGGACGGCCGGAUCUCCGCCACCCGCGCCCGCCCCGCCCCUCUUGUCCGACCCCACUACCACCGCGCUCAAGCUCAACUGGGACCGCCGCGCCGAUGAGGAGUUCACGCUGCAGAUGGACGACGCGAGCCGAGGGCACGGCUUCUUGCCGGUGUACAGCGGACCCGAUUGCACUUACGUGUGCGAGGGCCUAAGAAGAGCCACGGACUAUCGAUUUCGAUUGCGCUGCGAGACCGCGGACGGCCAGGGCCCUUGGUCAAUAGAAGUGACCUACACUACGCUUCCGGAGAGACCCGGCCCUCCCGGCCGACCGGCGAUUCGCGGGAAAGUACAUUCGCGAGCGUUCAGGCUCAAGUGGGAGCCUCCCGGUGACGACGGUGGGGCCAAGAUUGACUCAUACACGUUGGAGCUCGACGGCGGUGAAGGCUACCGCUGCACUUAUCAAGGGACCGAACGGGAAGCACAUUGCGACAGAUUAUCACCGGGAACGUCGUAUCGUGCCAGAGUUCGUUGUGCAAACGUAGCCGGCGAGAGCGACUGGGCCGUCUCGGACGUUCUCUCGACCGAGGCGUCCAUUCCCGGGGCGUGUGGCGCUCCAGAACUGGUCACGGAACCUCGUGCCACUGUAGCGUCGGUUCGUUGGCGUCCUCCGGAAUGCACGGGCGGCGCUCCUAUCGCAGAAUAUCGAGUGGAAAUAGCGGGCGACGACGGCGUCGUUCGUCAAGCCUACACUGGCUCACAGGUCGAAUACACAGUGAGAGAUUUAAUACCCGGUUCUCAGUAUAGAUUAUGGGUGACCGCGUGUAACGCCGUAGGCGUGAGUGCGCCCUCGCCCGCCCUCCGGUUCGAAACGAAGGCGGCUCCUCCCGACGCCCCGGAACCUCCCGUGGCUACGAUCGAAAGUCCGACGAGUGCUCGCCUCGAAUGGAUUCCGCCCGCUUCUAAUGGCGCUCCGAUCGUCGACUAUCAAGUAGAAAUGAGCGGAAUAAACGUGGACGAUUCGUUCACACAAGUCUACCGAGGAACCGAAACGACGUACGUGGUCGAAAAUUUGACCCCGUUCACUCCGUACUUCUUCCGCGUGUGCGCGACCAACGCGGCGGGACGCGGGCCUUGGUCCGGUAUGAAGGAUGCGCUGACCCCGCGAGCCCCUCCCGCCGCCCCGACGGGCAUCCGACACGAAUCGACCGCCGACUCGCUGCAUCUGUUUUGGCGAGUGCCGGCGUGCCACGGGGCCGAGAUCCUAUCGUACCGAGUGAAAGUCGGAGAGGAAGCCUUCGAGUCCGAGGGAUCGACGCCGGAGCAGUUGGUGGAGGGCCUUGAGCCGAACACCGUGUACGGCGUUCGGGUGGCGGCUCUCAACGAGCUCGGUCUCGGCGAGUGGUCAGAGGAGGCUCGAGCGGGAACACGGCCGCGGCCACCGGCCCCGCCGCGGCUGCGAGUAGCGCAGGCGGCGCACAACCACAUUCGGCUCGAAUGGGCCGAAGCGUCGGAAGGAGUUCAGUAUUGCGUCGAGAUGCGCGCCCCGGACGCGCGAGAGUUCCGACCCGUUUACCGUGGGUCGGCCCGCGCCUGCAAGGUGAAGAAGCUGCGAGAGGCGACGACGUACUGGUUCCGGAUCCGAGCGAGCGAGGAACGAGGCGGCCGAGGCCCAUGGUCGGCGGCGGUGGCCUCCACCACACCCAGCGCUCCGCCUCCAGUGCCCGCGUCCCCAUCUGCCACUCUCACUGCCCCGAAAGUCGCGCUAGUGGCCUGGGAGCCUCUCGACGAUGCCGAGUUCGUGCUACAGUGUGCCCGAGCUAAAGAUGCCGUCUACAAACAGAUUUACUCCGGCACGGAGACGCAGUUCCAACUGGAAGAUCUGGAAUACAGCGCAGAGUAUCUGUUGCGCGUCUGCGCCGUGCGGAACGGGCUGACGAGCGCAUGGUCCGGUGCAACUCGGCUGGCCGUUGGAGCGGCCCCGGUCGGAGGGCGCACUCGGCGUCCGCGGCCUCCGCGCACCCUGUCUCCCCGCCAGGUGGCGCUAGUGAUGGCGGGCGGCUUCCUCCUGCUGGCGGUGCUGGUGGCGGUGCUAGUACAGCGGCUGGUGGAGCCGGUGCCGUGA